AUGAAAUCAAAGCAAAAGGUGAUGUUUAUCUUUCUAACCCUAAUCCCAGCAUUGAUUCUUCAACCAUCAGAAGCUCAAUCGGACAUAUGUCCGUAUGAUAGCACAUAUGGUGUGUUAGAUAAAGUGCCUGGAUGUUCUGAUGCAGUGAAACUAGUGUCGUAUAAUGAUCCCAGAUCUCUUACAAGAGAUUGUUGCAAACAAGUGAGAACACUUCCUGAUUGUCUCUUGAUCAUCUCUGCCGAAAGAGCUGAGAGGACUACGAUCUUCAUAAGCAUUUGUAUCAAAAUCUUCCCGGGGUCUAUUCUAUGA